CCGGGCGAGGGCGGGUGUCCGGGCCCCGCCCCGCCCCCGCCCCGCCCCCGCCCCUCUCCGGAGCCGCCGGGACGCGGGGAGGAGGAGGGCGGCGCGGCCGGAGCUGCCCGCGGCGCCGCGCUCCUGCACCUCCGGGCCGGCCCCCUCAGGUGCCAUGACUCAGCAGCCCCAGGAGGGCUUCCACAGGAGUGUGGUGGACGCCCAGGAGUGGAUGAAGGCUGUGCAGGAGCGGCUGCAGAUCAACGACAACACCCAGGGGCCCCGCGCGGCCUUGGAGGCGAGGCUGCGGGAGACCGAGAAAAUAUGCCAGCUGGAGCCGGAGGGGUGCGUGAAGGUGGAUCUGGCUCUGCGAGCAGCUGAAGCCCUCUUGGCAUGCUGCCAUGAGGACCAGAAGCCCAAGAUCCUGGCCCGGCUGAGGGACCUCAAAGCCCAGUGGGAGGAGACGGUCACUUACAUGACUCACUGUCACAGCCGCAUCGAGUGGGUGUGGCUGCACUGGAGCGAAUACCUGCUGGCCCGAGAUGAGUUCUGCCGCUGGAUCCAGAAGAUGGUGGUGGUGCUGGAGCCCCCCGUGGAGCUGCAGCUGGGCCUGAAGGAGAAGCAGUGGCAACUGAGCCAUGCCCAGGUGCUGCUGCACAAUGUGGGCCGCCAGGCCGUGCUGCUCGACCGGCUGCUGGAGGAGGCGGCGUCCCUGUUCAACAGGAUCGGGGACCCCAGUGUGGAUGCAGAUGCCCAGCAGAGGAUGAAGGCUGAGUACGACGUGGUGAAGGCCAAAGCCCAGGCCAGAGUGGAGCUGCUGGAGCAGGUGACCCAGGAGCAUGAGCAUUUCCAGGCAAGCGUGAAUGAGUUCCAGCUGUGGCUGAAGGCGGUGGUGGAGCAGGUUAGCAGCUGCCUGGGACGGAACUGCAAGCUGAGCACCAAGGACCGGCUCUCCGCGCUGCAGGACAUUGCCGAAGAUUUUUCCAGGGCUGAGGAAUCUUUGCAGAGGCUGGAGGCGCAGGCUGUGGGGGUCAUCCAGAACACCUCUCCUUUGGGGGCAGAGAGGAUCACCGAAGAACUGGAAGAGAUGCGGAAAGUUCUAGAAAAGCUGCGAGUCCUGUGGGAGGAGGAGGAGGGGCGGCUGCAGGGCCUGCUCAAGUCCAAGGAAGCCUAUGAACGGCAGCGGAGGCAGCUGGAGGCUGAGCUGGGAGAGUUCAAGAAGGACCUUCAGAGGCUGGCUGAGGAGGGCCUGGAGCCCACAGGGAAGGCGGGGACUGAGGAGGAGCUGGUGGCCCUCUGGAGACUCUACUCGGCCACGCGGGCGGCACUGGCCGCGGAGGAGCCCCGGGUGGCCCGGCUGCAGGCUCAGCUGAAGGAGCUUAUCAUCUUCCCCCACGACCCGCAGCCGCUCUCCGACAGUGUGGUUGCGGCCAUCCAGGAGUACCAGAGCAUGAAGGGGAAGAGCACCAGGCUGCGCAAUGCCACGGGGGUGCAGCUGUGGCAGCAUUCCCAGCGGCCUCUGCAGGAUGUGCAGCUGUGGAGAGCCCUGGCCCAGAGGCUCCUGGAUGUCACCGCCAGCCUGCCUGACCUGCCUUCCAUUCACACCUUCCUGCCCCAGAUCGAGGCGGCCCUGGCAGAAAGCUCCCGCCUGAAAGAGCAGCUGACGAUGUUGCAGCUGAAGAAGGACCUGCUGAGUAGCGUCUUUGGCCAGGAGCGGGCCACGGCCCUCCUGGAGGAAGUGGCGACUUCCGUGCGGGACCGGGACCUGCUGCACAACAGCCUGCUGCAGAGGAAAAGCAAACUGCAGAGCCUGCUUGCUAAGCACAAAGAUUUUGGGGCUGCUUUCAAGCCCCUGCAGAGGAAACUCUUGGACCUGCAAGCCAGGGUCCAAGCUGAGAAUGGGCUUCAGCCGGACUGUCCUGGGAAACAGGCCCAGCUUUCAAGGUUGCAGGGGCUGCAGGAAGAGGGGCUGGACCUGGGGGCACAGAUGGAGGCUGCUCAGCCUCUCAUCCAAGGGAACCCCAACCACCAGCACAAAGUGGACCGGCUUUCUGCUGACUACCAGGCCCUGCAGAGGUCUCUGGAGGACCUCGUGGACAGGUGCCGGCAGAGCGUGUGUGCACAUUGCACCUUCAGCCACGAGCUGUUGGAGCUCCGACAGUGGAUGGCCAUGGUCACUCAGAAGCUGGAAUCACACCUGGGGGAUGCAGGUUCGUGGGAUGCCCAGUCCCGAGAGGUGGAAGUCGAGAGGCUGCUGGCUGAAUUCCCUGAGAAGGAGGCCCAACUACCCGUGAUUGAAGCUCACGGCCGGCUGGUGAUGGAGACGUCUUCUCUGGAAGGGGCUGCUAGGGUCCAGCAGGAGCUGGGGGAACUGGAGCAAUCCUGGCGGGCCCUGAGGCUGCUGGAGGAGAGCCUGCUGAGCCUUCUCGGAAACCGGCAGCUGCAGAGGACAGAAGUGGAUUCAGGGAAGAAAAUGAUUUUCACCAACAACAUCCCAAAGGCUGGAUUUCUCAUCACCCCCACGGACCCCAUUCCCAGGCAUCGCCGUCAGGCAGAUCUUCUCCAGGACGAAGGCGGCAGCCAUGAGGAUUUCCCCCAGCUCCUGAGGAACUUUGAGCUGUGGUUGCAGGUGGAGAAUUCCAAGCUGGUUAGAAUCAUCUCAAUGAGAACUGCCACAGCCUCGGACUUGAGGUCCAGAGGAAACAAGCUGCAGGAGCUAGAGGCUCGCGUACUGGAAGGUCAGUACCUCUUCGAGAGCCUCCUUCGUCUCAGGCCAGCAAGGGGGACCUCGGAUGAGCUGGAGGAUCUGCGUUACCGAUGGAUGCUCUACAAGUCCAAACUCAAGGACUCCAGCCACCUCCUGACCCAGAGUUCUCCAGGGGAGCCGACUGGAUUCCAAAAGGGCAUUUCAUUUAACCAUCCCAUCAACACCCAAGAGGCAUCAUCACCUCCAUUUUUGGCAUGGGGAAACUGAAAUGGCAAGAUAGGAAUGACUUACUCAGCGAAGGCCUGAGGCUCCUGAGUGGUCUCUGGACUCGGACUCCAAAGCCCACAUCUUAACCUUCUACCCUGUGUUUUGGAGAAAGCAUCCCUGGGGCCUGAUGGGUCUCCCUGCUUCUGGGAAAACCCAGUGUAAAUUGAUGUCCCAGUGCUGUCUUUUCCAAGGGAACACACUUGUUUUCCUGCCAAGCCCGUAGUGACAUGAGCCUCCAGCAUACGGUGCUGCAAAGCACUCUGCGUUCCCCAAGAGCUUUCGGGCCACGGAAUCUCUGUUUCAUGCUUUGCACACCAGGAUUUAUUCUUGGCCUCCAGCUGAUGUUCAUGUCUCCACUCUGGGAGAGUGGGUAUCCCCUGGACUGGGUGGGCCAGUCGUGAGACCAACACUAUGCUCUGAGCCCCAUGUCAACCGUUUAUGUGCCCUUGGGCAAGCGGCCCUGCCUCUCAGGGCUUACUUUCCCCAUCUGUAUAAUGGGGCCAUCGAUACUGACUUUAUUUACUUCAGUAUAAACUAAUUUUGAAGAUCGUGUGAACUAUUGUUUGUAGUUCUUCUGAGAGUCCUGGUUCCUCCCACCCCCACCCCCAAUUUAAGAGAAAACAAAGAACCUCGUCAUGAAAGGGGAAAGAGGAACCCAAAGAGCACCUGGUGGCUCCUGGUGGGACGGGGGACCCAGGGCCGGGUGUCCAGGCUGCCUCUAGCUCUCUUACUUUAAGCCCCUCACUGGUUGGGAGCCCCCAGCUCCCAGGCCAGAGUCCAUGGGGGGUCAUGCCUUGGUACCUGGUACCUGGCAUGUAGUAAGUGCUCACUAAAGGGUUUUGGCUGACACCCGCCCUGCAGUGCAGGCUCAGGUUCCCGGCAGACUGUGACCGGGUUCAUGUGGAGUGUUCACGGCUCUGUGUUUAUUUGCCGCCUCCUCGUCCAUUCACUCAUUCAUUCCACAAGUAUCUACUGAGUGCUGACUUUGUGCCCAGCACUGUUUUAGGCACUUGGAAUGCAUCCGUGACCACGAGAACAAAGACCUGCCCUGGCCAACUGUGCCUGCUGGCUGGGAGGAGGGGGUAUGGCAGAGAGGGUGCACACAUCUAGCUGCUAUUGCUCAGCACAGUGGCAAGUCUCUGGGUCAGGGAGCUCUGAAGGGCAGCAGCAGCAGCUUGCGGGUCUUCUUAUUUACAGUGUUUAUCCUACUUAUGGUUGACAGAUGUCAGGUACAGUUUCAUAAGAUAUGCAAAGCAGACAGGCUUUAAAUGGCUGAACAAUAUGCUUAUUCAGGCUAUGUUUAAAGCAAUUGGAUGCAUGACAAUUUGAAUUUGGUGCUGACUGGCUUUUGAGCUAAUGGGUCUUAGCCCACUGCGAAGAAGCAAGCAAGCCAGGGACCAAUAUACAGAGGCCACUUUGGGCUCGUUUUCAUGACGGCUUGUUUAAGCCAGAUGUCUGGAUCCCACAAGUUGAUCCAUUAGGUCUGGAGUGUCCCAAGAAUCUGCAUUUCUAGCAAAUUCCCAAGCGAUGCUGAUGCUGCAGACUUCGGAGCCACACUCUGAGAACUACUGCUUUAUGAUCUUGUUUUGAAUCCAGAAUCCACCAUUAAUGUGUAUGCCCAUUGGCAAGUCACUGAAUCAGGGUUUUCCAAUGAAUGAAAUAAGCGUUCCCCCUUACAGGAGCUAAUGGUAGCCAAGUUCUUGUGACAAUGAGCAAUAGGUAGAUUCUGAAUUGCCAUGUAAGCGAGGACUCUGGAGACUUCUGCAGACUCUGCUUCUCUUCCUGAGAACAAAGGGAACGAUGACACUUGUGCAUCCUCCUUUGGUCUUGUUCUCAUGUUGUUUUUGCUGGUUGUGUAUGCACAUGCACGUGGAAGGGUCUGCACACACGUGCACAUACACACAUAGGCCUGACAGGUAGAAAAUAGGUGCUGUCUGUAGCAGUUGUAAUCUUGCCAAUUUAAAAACAUUCCAUAUAUUAUUUUUGGUUCUGACGGGAAGAAAAAAAAAAACCUGCCCGAAAGCUAAUUAUUUAUGAGCAGUUGGUUUUCCAUGCUUUUCUGUCUCCGUGCACCAAGCCACUUCCAACUGUGUCAGUGGCUUCAGCCUACUUGUUUGUAUAAACAGAAUAAUUAAGGUUUAUUAAAUUUUCAGCUGCCUACACACUUGUCAGCUCAGUGCCACCGGAUAUGUGUGCCUGCAGCAUUCAGGCACAUGAAAUGUAAUUGCUUUUUCAAGUUGCAAUUGGCUCAUGAGUCAACUAAAUUCCUGCCUUGGCCCAGGGAAGCCGUGUACUCCUUACCUGGGACAGUUGGUGGAGGAACAGAUUUGCGAGUAUUUGUUUGCCUGGGUAAACCAGGGCAGGGCCAAUGUGCCAGUUGGCAGGAGUGGAGAGCAGGCACCUUGUAGGCAUUGCAUGUUGUGGCCUCUUGGGAGACAGAUCCAGAUGUUAAGCAACUUGAGAGUGGCCUUUUUAUUUACUUGUCCAUAUUUCAUAGGUGUUAAGACUCCUAAUUUUUUGUGUUUUCACAUCUCCGGGAUUUGGAUGUCUUACUACAAUCCAGUUCUUUCAGUGAGGAUUUGCAUUUGCUUCCUUCCACCAUCCAGGACACUUACCCUCCUGAGAUUUCUCUAAAUUAAAGUCUUUGCUAGCGGGCUGUGUUUUGUUUGGCUUUCCCGAGGACCACACUGAUGGUGCGAACCUAGGUGGCCACCCUCUUGGAGUUCUGGCCCACUGUUCAGAAUUCUCAGGGAAGAGUUUUGUUUCCCUCCCUUCACCCAGUGCCAAGCUAAGACCUCCAAUUUCCUUCUUCCCCUUUCUGGGAAGUGAGAUUAUUCCUCAUUUCCCCUGACAUUGAGAUGCAGCCCCCAGGCACCCCAGCUGUAUGUGGGGUCUCUGUUCAGACUCUCCACCUUGGUGGUUGGUUAUUUUUGUUCCCUAGUGAAAUGUAAAAUAAUGGUGCAUCUUAUAAUCAGCAUCUUACAUGGGAUGAAAUACUGUAACACCAAAUCUCAGAGAGCCUUAGUGAGUUUUCCAUGUUACAUAGUAACUUCCUGUCACAGUAACUGUAAUGUUGUAAAAGUGUCUAUUGUGCUCUAGGCACUGUGCUGGAAUCCCCAUGUGCCUGGUCUGUGAUGCUCACACCACCAUCUCAUUUUUGUGGGAGAAGAGGGCCACUUGGCGUUUUCUCCAUAUGUGGUGACAGGCCCA